AUGAAAUUGGAGUGUCUUGGCGAAUAAAAAAAAUAGUAUAUAAUUUUAAAGGGGCACCAUUUUGGUUGAUGACCGGAAUUGACAUGUCAUCCAACCAAUUGACAGGUUGCAUUCCUUCUGAAAUGGGAGACUUGUCACUGCUUCGAUUCUUGAACUUGUCAAAUAAUUUUCUAACAGGUCCCAUUCCAAAUUCUUUCAGAAACUUGAAAAACGUGGAGAGCUUGGAUCUUUCUCACAACAAGUUGAGUGAGAAAAUCCCUUAUGAAUUGGUUGGACUCACUUCUCUAUCUACAUUUAGUGUUGCAUAUAACAAUCUUUCAGGAAAAAUCCCAUUUGAGAGGCAGUUCUCAACGUUCAGGAUGCAGUGCUAUGAUGGCAAUCCGAAUCUUUGUGGAGAUCCCCUGCCAAGAAAAUGCUCAAUCACAAACAGGCUUGAACAUGAACAUAAGGGCCAAAGUAAGGACAAAGAAGAAGGGACUAGUAUAAUUGAUAGCCCUUUAUUUUUCUAUGCAUUUGUUGUUGUCUCUUAUGCAUUUGGAUUUUGGGUUUUCUUUGGGAUCCUAAUCAUUAAGAAGAGUUGGAGGCAUAACUAUUUUAGAGUUGUGGACAGAUUUAUUGAGUCUUGUUUUGAAAUGCUUUCCAAGUAUUGGUGAUUUACAACCAACUUUGUAAUGGAAGCAUAAAAGAUAUAUGAACUUCAAAGUAAUGUUUAUCUUUAAUAAAGUUGUUGUAUGGCAGAGUGGUCAUAACUUACA